AUGAAAGGAUCGACUCAUCCAUAUAACACCAUGGCAAAAUCAAGGAUUGUGUUUAGGGAUGUGAUCGUGGUAGGGGCAGGCUGGUCGGGUCUUUUGGCUUGUAAAUGCAUGUUAGAGGAAGGUUUAACUGUAAUGGCAUUAGAGAAGCGCUCUGACGUGGGCGGGCUGUGGUGCUACACUGAAGACUCAGAUGUGAUUACCGUCAUGAGGAACACGAAAACCACUUCUUCUUCGUCCGUAACUGAGAUGUCCGACUUUCCGAUGCCCGAGGAGAUUGGCCAAUUUCCAAAGCACGAGGAUGUACUCAAGUAUUUGAAGUCUUACUGUGAUACUUUUCAUUUAUGGCUGCAUAUUCGCCUUGAUCAUUGCGUGACGAAAGUAACGAAAGACGGCGAACUUUGGCGAGUGAAGUGCGAGAACGGCCGACAGUACACGAGCAAGUUUCUGAUUGUGUGUACGGGAAGCGUUCAGAAGCCCAACCGCGAUCUUCAGCAUUCGUUACUUAAAGACUUUGUCGGAGAAAUUCGCCAUAGCUCCGAGUUCAAGACGUUUAUUCCCGAACAUGCUAAUAAACGCGUAAUGCUGAUUGGUGGUGGAGAAACAGCAAGUGAUGUUGUCGAGGAAUGGUACGAUCACGUUUCACGCCUAAUUUGGUGUAUACCACGUGGGAUGCAUUUCUUCCGGAAGUUUGCAAAAAUUCUUCCUCAUCGUCAUCCUCAGGCUCUGGACAAAGCUUCCUCUCGAGUUAUGAAGUUUAUUGCUCCCUUCACGAGGAGUAAACCAGGUUAG